CCGUCUUACAAGAACUACAUACUUUGUUUCAAAGCUCUUUGUUUCUGAAAUGGAGAUUGUUAGAUUCGCCGUUGCUGCCGUCUUUUUUGUGCUUUACUCCGUAUCAUCAUCUAACGCCGCAAUUGCACCACCCAGCGGUGGAGGCGGAGGAGGAGGAGAUGCUCAGGCAAUGCCGUGUAUACAGAAACUUAUGCCGUGUCAACCGUUUCUUCACUCGGUGAUUCCACCACCGCCUCCAUCGUGUUGCCUGCCGAUGAAGGCGAUCGUCGCUAACGACGCGACGUGUCUUUGCUCCGUGUUCAACAACGUAGAUAUGCUCAAAUCGCUUAACCUCACUAAAGACAACGCUCUUGAUCUCCCUAAAGCUUGUGGCGCCAACCCUGACAUCUCACUAUGCAAAGCCAGCCCCGCGGGUGGUACUACUACGAAUUCGACGUCGCCGGCAACUCCCAAAACUCCUCCGGCGACUUCCACUGGAAGCGGUACCACCGGAGCAUCAGCUUCUUCAACGUCAACACCGACAAGCUCUGCCCCCGCCAUCAACUUCGCCGGACUCAGCUUCGCAUCGACUAUCGUGGCAUUGGCAGCAACCUUCUUCUGAUCUACUAUUUACAUUACGUAUUUAUUCAUUAUUAGAUAGGUUUAAUUUGUUUGAAAUUAUGUUUGGUAACUGAUUAAAUAUGUAUUGAGAAAAUUCUAAUAAUAUUUCUAAUUUUCAACAGUUCUUUACCAACGUUCUCUAACAUCUUAUUACAGUUUUUUAUUUUAUAUUUCGUCUUCUUUUAAAUACCAAAGAGUCGAGGAGAAAACGAGCUAGUUGGAAUAUUAUAAACCAUUUAGCUAGUAUGUACGUCUUGCCUACAUACAAUUCGAUUAACAAACAUCUACAUAGCCACAACUCAAUCUGAAUUAUGAAUAUAUAACAUUAUAAUGUUACUAGCUAGUUCAAACUAUUAAUAUAAAUUAUGGUGUAUAAUAUACCUCAAGUAGUAUAAAAUAGAUAUGUACAUCAUUAGAGUUUAAUAGCUAACUUUUUCCGAAGCUAGCUUUUAGCUACUGUCAAGAUUUUGACUUCCCCGGGUGUUAGAAGUCGAUUUGGUGCUACUAUAUGAUAAACGAUUUUAAUGAGGAAUGAAUGAAACGAAUUUAUUUUAUUUUUCAUAUAUUACAUUCAUCUAAUCUCAUUCAUUUUAUUUCAUCAAUUCUCUCUUAUGUUUAUAACCAUAUGUACACACACACAAAUAUAAGCAAAACAUAAAUAAAAUUUGAGCACAAAUAAGAGAAAAAGUUAAGAAAAUAAAACUUUGUAUUUAACAUUUAGAUGUUGUGAUAUAGUAUAUAACUACAUGUGAAAAAAUAUAGAUCUGAUUUUAGUUAAAUGAAAAAAAAAAAUAUAAGAUGAAAAUCUAGAAAAGUAUUUUAGAAACAUCAACUUUUUGUUUGUAGUUUCUGUAAAUAUACUAGUAAGCGAGUGAAAAAUCGAAGACAUAAAGGAAAAAAGAAGAGAAUAACAUGGAACAAGAUGUUUGUUCAUGAUCAUGAACAACAAGUAUUUCUUUCUCAUAAUUUUGAAAUACCAACAUAAUAACUUGUAUAGUAUAUUAUAUUUCAUAAUAUUUUAAAAACUUCUCAUAAAAUAUUUUUUAACGAGGGUGUUCUAAGAUCACUAGCAACUAAUAUUUUCGUCAAGGUGUGUUAAUAUAUUUAUUAAUAAAGAGAUUGAAUUUUAUUUCAAUUAAUAUCUUAGGUUGCCCCGACGAAUUUGAAACUUACUAUUUUCAAAAAAAAAAAUUUGAAUAACUAAUAUAUUAUUUUACAAUUUUUUUAAAUUUGUUUUUCCACCAUAAACUGUAAAAUAUGACUUAUUAAAACAUAAACACAUAAAAAUUACUUUGUCAUAAAUGCUUUAAAUAAAAACUAGCAUAAACAAUUUUGAUCUCUAGACCCAAAAAAAAAAAAGCAUAAAUAA